AACGAGAGCACUGUCUGUGCCUGCCCCUUCUGGCCUCCUCCUCUCAAUGACCAACUUCUCUUCCUCUCUCUCACUGUCAUCCUGCAGCUUCAACCUCCAGCCACCGCCCACCGAACCCGAAUAUCGUCAAUUCGGGUUCUAAAACCCGAACCAGAAACCAAAUUCAUUGCUGAUUUUGAUGCAGUGAGCCAAGGAUAUUAUAGUGAUGGAGACGGAAAAUGGAGCAAAUUUCACGUAUAUGGGAAGGAAGUUCGAUAAUAUGAGUGUUAACGAUGAUUCCUCUCCUUUCAGUGACUGUAACAGCGACAGAUCUGGGGAGUUCCAAACGACAUCGUCUCAGAGCCGGCGACUACUGUUAGCAUGUUCAUCGGAGAAUUCCGAUGAUCUGAUUCGCCAACUCGUAUUGGAUCUUGAGUCCUGUUCGAUUGACGAGCAAAAGCAAGCGGCUAUGGAGAUUAGGCUCCUAGCUAAGAACAACCCAGAGAACCGAAUCAAAAUUGCUAAAGCAGGAGCAAUUAAACCUUUGAUUACGUUGAUAUCAUCGUCGGAUUCUCAGCUUCAAGAGUACGGUGUUACUGCGAUUUUGAACCUGUCUCUCUGUGAUGAGAACAAGGUAGCUAUUGCUUCAUCGGGGGCCAUUAGGCCACUGGUCAGAGCUCUGAGAACAGGGACAUCAACAACCAAAGAGAACGCAGCCUGUGCUUUGCUUCGGCUCUCGCAACUAGAAGAAAACAAGGUCGCCAUCGGACGGUCAGGAUCGAUUCCGCUUCUCGUGAACUUACUCGAAAGUGGAGGAAUCCGUGGGAAAAAGGACGCAGCAACAGCUCUGUAUUCUCUCUGUUCAGUGAAGGAGAACAAGAUCAGGGCUGUCGAUGCUGGGAUCAUGAAGCCACUAGUAGAAUUGAUGGCUGAUUUUGGGUCAAAUAUGGUGGACAAGUCAUCUUACAUACUGAGCAUAUUGGUUGUUGUGCCGGAGGGAAGAAAGGCGUUGGUUGAGGAAGGUGGGAUUCCGGUUCUGGUGGAGAUCAUUGAGGUCGGAACUCAGAGGCAAAAGGAGAUUGCGGUUGGGAUAUUAUUGCAGAUUUGCGAGGACAAUUUGAUGUAUCGAGCUAUGGUGGCCCGCGAAGGAGCUAUUCCUCCGUUGGUUGCUCUGUCACAGUCCGGCACCAAUCGCGCCAAGCAAAAGUCGGAGACAUUAAUAGAUCUUCUACGGCAACCAAGAUCCGGUAAUGCAGCUACCAGAACAGCAGACGUGUCAGUAUGAAUUGGUGUCCCUAGUCCCUACCACAUGGCCGUGUGCAAUCAUACCAAGUGUAGAUAAACCUUUUUCUUUUUCUCAACAAGUGAAAGAUAAGAGGCAAAAGCAAAUAUAUGUAGAUAAAUUUCUAUGUUACGGAGAUUGUAAAAUUUAAGUGGUUUCAGUUUGAUAUUGGCCUUUGCGGAUUAAAA